CCGCCCGGGGGGGGCCGGCCCGGUCCCGGUGGCGGCGGGCGGUGGCGGGGGCCAUGGCCAAGGCCUACGACCACCUCUUCAAGCUGCUGCUGAUCGGGGACAGCGGCGUGGGCAAGACCUGCCUCGUCAUCCGCUUCGCCGAGGACAACUUCAGCAGCACCUACAUCUCCACCAUCGGCAUCGACUUCAAGAUCCGCACUGUGGACAUCGAUGGGAAGAAGAUCAAGCUGCAGGUCUGGGACACGGCGGGACAGGAACGCUUCAAAACCAUCACCACGGCCUAUUACCGCGGAGCCGUGGGCAUCGUCCUGGUGUACGACAUCACGGACGAGAAAUCCUUCGAGAACAUCCAGAACUGGAUGAAAAGCAUCAAGGAGAACGCCUCGGCCGGGGUGGAGCGGCUCCUCCUGGGCAACAAGUGCGACAUGGAGGGGAGGAGGAAAGUGCAGCGGGACGCGGCCGAGAAGCUGGCCAAGGAACACGGGAUUCACUUCUUCGAGACCAGCGCCAAGUCCAGCCAGAACGUGGAGGAGGCUUUCUGCACGCUGGCGCGGGACAUCCUGCACAAAUCCUUCAGCAAAGCCCCCCCCGGCAGCAGCAGCAGGGCCCUGCUGGAGCCCGGCCCCCCCCGGAAGGCCGGCGGGAGAUGCUCCCUGGGGUAGGGGCUCGGGAGCUCCCCGAGACCCCCGGGGCAGCGCGGGCGCCUCUCCGGAGGGAUCUGGGGGGGAAUCUGGGGGGAUUUGGGGCUGCCCCCCUCUCUCCUUGUGCCAUAAA